UGCAGCCUGAUAAGAAACGGUGCAGGUCCUUCUGUUGUGCAUAGCAAUUUCCAAUUUGCUGGCAUCAUUUCGUGCGAUAUCUUCUUUUCUUGGUUUCACACGAAUCUUCGCACAAUGUCAGCCUCGAACGGGAGUACAGAGCACGUCCCCGUGCUGGAUUUCGGGAUAUACAAUGAGGCCGAUGGGCAGGUGAAACUAGGCGAGCAGAUCGCACAUGUGCUGAAAACGUCGGGCUUCAUGUACGUUAAGAACCAUGGAAUCCCUCAGGAAACGAUUGAUAAAGUCUUCAACAGCUCCAAGAAGGUCUUCUCCCUGCCACCGGACAUAAAAGCCAAGAAGCCUCGUUCGUCUAAAUUCGAGCCCAGCUGUGGAUAUGUGGCCAUGGGAUCAGAAAAGUUAGACGAAGCGCGAAGGGAUGAAAUUCGGGAAGCCUAUAACUACAUUCCCUAUAACGACGAGCGCCUUCCAGAGGAAGUGCCCGAAUUCGGACCGGCCUGCAAAUCGCUGUUCUGGGAAUCGUGGAAUUUCUCCAAGAAACUUCUGGAGUGUCUGGCGCAGGGCUUGCAUCAGCCGCGCAAAACCAUUUUUGCCGAUGAUUCCCAUCAGUAUAUCGGCCGACCGGGCAAUUUCACCACGCUGCGCAUCCACAAUUACCCGGCACGCGACAUGUCCAAAGCGGAAGCUGACCAUUUGACGCGCUGUGGCGCCCACACGGAUUACGGGACUUUGACAGUGUUGUUCCAAGAUGAUGUUGGCGGACUGGAAGUGGAAACCACCCAGGGCGCCUUCAUCCCGGCACCGCCUAUCCCGGGCACCCUGGUGAUUAAUAUUGGGGAUAUUAUGCAGCGCUGGACGUGUGAUAAACUCCGUUCAACGGUACACGCGGUGACCUUUAGUGAGCAGAAUCGUCAUCGUGACCGGCAGUCGAUCGCCUUCUUCCUGCAUCCGGAUGACGCUUAUAUGGUAGAGUGCUUAGAUGGCAGCACAAAGUAUCCGCCCAUCUCCGGCAAGAAUUAUCUCCAGGAGCGCAUGUUCGCUUCCUUCACUAACUACUUCGGACAAGGCCAGAACGCCUAAUUACAAGAAGCGAACUGCAUGGCGCAAGAGAUGUGUUGUUUGGUUCCUACCUGCUGGCUGCUGUCAGUGUGUUUCGCUUUACGAUUUUCGACUUUUCUUGCAGCGAAUGCAGAGCUCACGUUUUAUUUAAAACUGAGAUUAACUAAACAAACGUUAAAAGUUAAAACACGGGUUGACGUCUAAAAUUGUGACUGUGAGUACAUAAUCAGCAGGUAGCCUUAGCGGGGCUGUGGUGUGUUUUCAUUAGUUGUUCACAAAAACAAUGAAUAAAUACUCACCUAAAUAAA